UGUGUUCUUCCUUUCCUCUCUGUGGGUGAGCUGAUGUCGGCUAAUGUGCAAGCCCGUGAUAUUAUGGAGUGCCCCGAAUGCAAGGGGAAGACUCAGAUAGUUGUGGACUAUGCACAAGGUUCGGUCAUUUGCCGUAAUUGUGGGUUGAUAUUGGAAAUGUCCUGUAUUGAUGACUCCCAAGAAUGGCGGACAUUUUCGGACAGCAGUGGCCCGGACAGGAACCGCGUGGGUGGCACUACCAACAACAUGCUCCACUCUGGAGGCCUCGGGACUAGUGUCGGAUUUGGUAAUACUAGAUUAGCCCGUACCCACAUGAUAGCCGUUAAUAGUGACAAUGUGGACCGCACGCUGAAUAAAGGGCAUAAGAUACUUAGGGAUAUCAUGGAUGCUCUGGCCUUACCAGACAAUAUAUACACAAGAUGCUGCCAGAUACUAAAGCAAAUGGACGACAAUGGACUGCUGAAGGGGAAGACGAAUUAUCCGUGGCUGUUGGCAGUAACGUAUAUGGCAUGUAGGCAGGAGGGAGCGGGGAGGAGUAUCAAGGAGAUACGUGCUGCACAACCAACUGUCAAGGAUAAGGAGGUAGCAAAGAACUUCUGGCGUUUAGAGAAGAUGCUCCAGAAGGCGUCAGUACAGGAAGCUCGUACAGGAGUAGGGGGAGGAGCGGUAUUAGGAGCUAAAGUGGCGGGGUUGGGAGCAGUGGCUGGGGAUACGUUCAUGCCACGUUAUUGCAAUAGACUGGGUAUACCUGAAUGUGAAAAGGCAGCUGACCAUGUAGCUAUGCAAGCGGGUCGGUACGGUCUCAUUGGUUCUCGCAAUCCUUCUGCUGUAGCCGCUGGGGCUUUGCUAGCUGUUGCUUAUGCCAUGAAUGUCGACAAGAAGCCAUCGUUAGACUCGUUGGCAGCGGUGUCGCAGUGCAGUGUGAAUAUGAUACGGCAGAGUUACCUCACGUUACGGCCGCAUCUUAAUCGUCUAUUACCUGUGGGCUUCGUGGUGAAGAUAGCUGGAGGGUUGGCGGGGAUGCCGGCCUAGACGUAUAUAUACCAUCACUGACUUCCAUCAUUACUCA